AUGUUUGGCUUCUCAGACGAGAUAUCCUCUCGCACCCGUGGAGCGCUAGAAGCCGCCAUCAGAGCCAACACAAACUCCUACAUCCAGGCUUACUGGAUCGACGCCGUAUGCGUACCUCGCUCAGGGCCAGAACGUAUCGCCACCCUCGAAAGUAUGGGUCUGAUAUACUCAAGAGCAACAUGCUGCAUCGUGCUCCUUGAGCGUUCGACCUUCUUCGCAGUCUGGCGUAGCGCGCGAGGCAGAGCCAGAGACACCGAUAUAGCGACCAUCGAUCGCGAGCCAUGGAUCCGAAGCGUAUGGACAUACCAGGAGGUUGUCAAUGCAAGCACCAUCACGAUCACCACUUUUGACCUGGAGACUCCAAUGCGCAUGGACGGUAACGAUCUCUUCAGUACCACUGGGAAAGCGCUGAGAGAUGUCGAGGAGAACGCAGAUGUUCGCGGCUGGGACUUAGCUCAACGCUAUCCAGGCAUCAGCGCUCUUGAAGGCACUCUCGCGGACUGGCAAGUCGGGGAGUAUCUGGGCAUGUCGGCUCUGACAUGCCUGACUGGUAUUGCUGGUCGGCACUGCGACCCCGAGCGGCCUAGCAACAGACUCUUUGCACUGUUCGGUGUUCUCACGAACGAGGCAUCGUGGCAGACAUCUGAUGAGGAAGGUGUCACAUCGCUCACGGAAGAAGCGAUCCGACUAUGCGAGAGAAAUGGCGACUUCUCCUUCAUCUACACAUCGAAUGUGAGAGAAUCCAGCGCGAAUCGCAGGUGGCGCCCACUGCCAGACCCAGAGCACGGCUUAUUACCAAUCCUCCGCUGGCACUCCUGGGGCGUUGGCCAACCUGGUACAUUGACAGACUUCGGUCUUGAACUGCACGAUAUGGCUCCACUAGAGUCUUCAUCUGAGCCUUCGUCCGAAGCUGUCAAGGCAGUGCAGUAUUGGCUCCAGUCUUUCUCUGGCACCAAACCCCAUUCAAUCGAAGAGAUCCAUGCCCAGCUACCCACGGAUCUUUCUAAGCUAGGUCUAAAGCCAGGCGCUAAGUGUACCACUUCAAAUCACGGCUUCAUAAUGACAAGCUUCGAUCUCACUCCUGCGGAAGAAGUUCACUACUUUGCAGCAGCUAGCUUGUGCUGGACCUUCGGAGCCCCUGGGAUCGCCAAGAUCGUGAAGCAAGGUGUCCUUAAGCGCUGUAUUCCGAUUGUGCAUGUCGGGAGACAGUUCCAGGAUGUGACGGAUCGGGUCAGCGUGCAACUGUGGUGA